AUGUGGGGCCCGUUGGGGGUGGCCUGCAGCCUGGCGUGGGCGUUUGGCGUUGCUGCUGCGGGCGCCGAGCCGCCCCAGCAGCAGCAGCUGCAGCAGCAGCAGCUGCAGCAGCAGCAGCUGCAGCAGCAGCAGCUGCAGCAGCAGCAGCACAGCCAGGGAAACCUGGGCGAGUGGAACACAGACGAAGACGAGGGGGGCCCCCUAGAGGGCCCCUCCUAUUCCUUUCCAGUGGACCCAGAGGAGCCUUUGGCUUAUCCUCGGGGGGGCCCCCUGGCAGCAGGUUUGUCGCAGCAGCAGCAGCAGCAGCAGCAGCAGCUGCGGGGCGCAAAGACAGCAGCAUUUGGCCUUCUCGCGCUGCUGGUUGCGCUCGCCGUCGGCUGCCUCCGCAGCAGCAGCAAAGGGGAAGCAGCGCAGCAGCAGCAGCAGCAGGAGCCGGGCGCUGCGGCGCCUCCGGAGCCGCAGCCUGCUGCUGCUGCUGCUGCUGCUGGCGCGGGAGCUGCUGCUGCUGCUGCUGCUGCAGUCACUGUCUCCGGCUUAAUGGAAGUUCUCUUUUCCUUAUUGCCCCGGAGGCUGGUGCCUCCUGGGAAGCGGCGGCUGCUGCGGGGUUUGCUGCAGCUGCUGCUGGCUGCUGCUGCUGCAGCGGCGUUCGCAGUGGGCAGCAGCAGGAGCGCAGCAGCAGCAGCAGCAGGCAGGUUCAUAACGAAGUCCGAAGUCCGGGUCUUCUCUCGAGUGCUGGCGCUGCUGGGGCUGCUGCUGCUGCUGCAGCGGUUGCUGCUGAAGGCAGCAGGGAAGCUGCUGCUGCGGCAGCGGCGGGUGGAGCCCUUUUACGGCGGGGACGCAGCAGCAGCAGCAGCAGCAGCAGCGUCUCGCGACGCAGCAGCAGCAGCAGCAGAGGACUCCGGAGGAGCAGCAGCAGGGGAGCCCUUGGGGGCGGGCUCUGGGGAGAGCCCGGGGGCGGCGGAGGAAGCAGCAGCAGCGCAGCAAGCCGCAGCAGCAGCAGCAGCAGCAGCAGCGGAGGCGCGCGAAGAGGAGCAGCAGCUGGAACGCUACCCAGCAGCAGCAGCAGCAGCAGCAGCAGCAGCAGAAGCCUCGGACAGCCUGUCUUCAGGUGUAUAUACAGCUGAAGGAGUGCUGCCGCUCGGGCCACAAGAGCAGCAAGCUUACAUUGAGCAGCUAGCUGGAAUAUUAGCAGCAGCAGAACCUGUCUUGAGUUUUGCUGACAGCAGCGCGGAGGAGACCAGCAGCGGGGAGCCUGGGGAGCAGCAGCAGCAGCAGCAGCAGCAGCAGCAGCAGCAGCAGGGCAGCGACCCGCGCUGGGGGCACCCCGAUAAGGCCGCGCUGCAGCAGCAGCAGCAGCAGCAGCAGCAAAGCUGGUCUUCUGCUGCUGCAGAGGGACAAGACACGGACUGA